AUGGCUUCUCCCAUGGUUUCUCUCCCGGCAGCGCCUGCCGUUUGCACCGCUGCUGCGCCAAUUUCGGAAGUGGCGCAGUGUUCCUUGCGGCGCCCACGGGGGAUGGCAGUGGCCAAGGGAAGUGCCAUGCUGUUCCUCCUGGGCGUCCGGAGCACCAUUCGACGCCGCGCGUACCGCCGGCCUACGGCCUUGCUGAUGGAUGGAGAUGGGCAAGGGGCCAGGGAGUUCCGGGCUGCUUGGAAGGCGGUCUCGCAUCACCAACAGCUGGUUUACAGUGGCGUCUUUGCAGCUGAAGAUCAGUUGAAGCGCAGUGACUGGCAAAAAUUCUUCCGCGAGACUGGGGCCGAAGCGGUGCCCCUGCCUUGCCACGGUCCUGAGAUCGCUUCCCCAGUGUGGCAGAGCUCGGUCCGCUCGGUCCAGCGAACCGCCAUGGGGAAAGCAGCAGUGCAGUUCUUCCAGGAGGGUUUGCAGGUGGCCCUGCUGCCCUCGGAACGCGAGGGCCGCCCCUGGAGCGGCAGCGACGUCAACAUGGACGUGGACUUUGUAGCGCUGGUGAAGUUUUUGCGACAGGAAGGUGCCGAAGAUCUGUUGAUGGUGCUGCUGGAAGGUCCCGCCUUCCGCUGCCCGGAAUCCGUGGCGUUGUCGAAGGACUUCCAGCGCUACGGCGCCCGGGUCUUUUGGGUCGAGGUGAAAUGGUUCGGCUUCCGCACGCCUUUGAUGCGAGCUGUCUUACAAUAUGGAGCCGCUGGAAGGGUGGAGCACAUUCCCAAGGAUGAGGAGCAAGGGCCUUUGGCUGAUAUCACGGCCUUGGUUCAGCAUCUCUUGGACUUGGGCUUUAUGACCUCCUCCCGCGAUGCCAUUGCACCAGCCAUCGCCAGGUGUUGGGCACGGAACUUCGCAAGUCAACCGCUGACGGUGUGGCCCGCGCAGUAUCCGUUGCACGCGCUCUGUGACGCUUUCGCUGGUCGUUCCAUGGAUAGCUGGACCUUCGACUCCAGUCAAAUGGCAUUUGUGAUGCCCGUGGGCAGCAAGGGCCGAGCGACCAAGGAGGUGAUUGCCAAGUACGGCACCGCGGAUUGUCGUUCCAUCUUCCUGGGAGGUGGACCCUUUCUGCUGGAGGAUUCUGAGGAGCUUUGUGAAGAAGUUCUCAGGAGACUAGGCUACUUGGAUGAUGAGUUGAACAGUGACUUGGAAGAAGCGGUGGCACUCUUUUGCGACGGCACUGCGAACAGGAUGCCGCCGCAGAUCACCGAGAGCACCGAAGUCCUGGUGCUCUUCCUGCAGAGCGUCGUUUUCACGGUGUUGAAGGUCCACAGUCUCUACGCCCCACAGAGCUUCCAACGCUGUCGCCUGCGACAGCUGGGGGAUGUGUGGUGGAGCAACUCUGUGCAGGUGGAGGACUACGUCACCUCUCUCUGUGAAUCCCUAGCGCCGGCCAUCAAUCGCAACCGCUUGAAGACAGUGAGGUUGCAUGUGCAAGCUGAUGGGCGCUGCCAAUGUUAUGUGGUGUCCUUUCCUGCCAAACUUCCCUCGAGCUUGGACGUGGCAGAAAUGCGUGCAGUACUGGCGAGGUUAGAAAUUACAUUUGACGAGGCUCCAGCGCUGCCCAGCACCGCCAGUGGCGCCGCAGUGGCGACGGCGCCGUGGCGCGUGAGCGUGGAGACGUGGCCCCCGGAGCUGGGAGAGCGACGCCAGGAGGCCUUGCCCGUGCCCCGCUGGCACGACGCGACCGAGUCCCGGCUACGCCGCUGGGCGCCGGCGGAAGCGCCGGCCGAGGCCGAAGUGCUACCGCUGGGCGCUGUGCGAGGUAUGGAUGGUUCCAUGGCUAUCUCCAUGCAUCUCGAGGACGCCGCUCUUCGGAACAUCCCGGACUCCGAUGUGCUGAUGGUCUCCUCGCAAGACGAGUGUCGAUGGUGCGUUGCUGGCGGUACAUCAAAGCACCUGCAGAAGGAAGCGAUGAAGCCCCGCGGGACGAAGGCGUCUAAGGCGUCUUUGCAGAGCCUACGCUGUGCCCUGCUGUCGCGCAAGAUCUAUGGGUCUUGGCGCUGCGCGCCCAAUGACAACUUGUUACGGAUCAACUUCACGGCCAAGACGCUCAUCACCUCGCAGGAGGCCUCCAAAGAGGAAGUCUAUGCCGCCAUGCAGAGCUAUGUGACCAGGGCCCAGAUCCCAUCGUGGAGGUCUUACAAUGGGCUGGUGUCCUGUAUCCAAGAAGACGUGAAUCGCAACGGCUGGAUAUGGGCGCGAGGAGAAAAGGGCCAGGGCCAGGGAUUGCGACUGCCGUUGGUGCAGUGGAUUGGAGAUGAGGAAAACAUGGAGAGCUUGGUGCCAGGACGUGUUCCUGCGCCUUGGUCUCGCGUGGCGGGCCAGGAGUUCUUAGCGCAAGUGCAAGCACUGGGCCUGAGAAGUUUUCUUCAGCAGGAGGGAGGCCUGGUCCAAGUCAAGGACUUCCUUCCCAUGGACCUGGCGCAGGACGCUGAUUUGUUACGACGGCGCCAGGAGAUGUUGGAGAUGCUGAAGGACCUGGCACAAGACGAGUGGUACCUCUCAGAGAAUCAGAGCUCCGUGGACGCGGAGCAUCGCUUUUGGAGGUACGAAGGCCAGAAGUUGGACAAGGUGAAAUCCAUCAUGCAGGCCCUGACUCAGGCCAUGGGUCGCUUCAGCCUGCUGCUGGAAGCACAUGAAGGUGAGCUGUGGCACUUGCGCAAGCAGAACCAAGAGCUCCUGGCGGAGAACCAGCGCUUGCGACGGCAACUUGGGGAAGAUGUGUCAGAGAAGGACUCCGAACACGUGGCUUCACCGUCAGCCUCCGACGUCGAAGGAGCAGCCCCCUGCCUGCUGCAGUCCGUGGGCCGCGUUGGGGGGGAUGCGAUGCAGUCGAAGCCGGCCAAAGGUCAUGGCCGGGUGCUGGAGCUCAAGCCGCGUUGGAGUAUGAAUUACACCAGGUCCAAAAAGGGUGCGGCAGAACAGCUGGUUGAGGAGGUCUAUCCAGCCUCGAGUCGCGGCAUGAAACAGGAGAGAAGCGCACUUUUCAGGUUCAGCAGUCGCGUGAUUCGUCAGUCUCUGAAGCUGCGACCGCUGCAUCCCAACGGACGGCUGCGGCUCACUUGGGAUGUGACCUCGUUGAUGUUCCUGUCCUACGACGUCUUCUACAUUCCCUUCACAGCAUUGGAUCCACCUCGGAGCCAGGUCACGGAUGUGAUCGACUGGAGCAUCCUCAUCUUUUGGUCCUUGGACAUGAUCCUCAGCAAUGUAACUGCCUUCUACCAUCGUGGUGAGUUGGUCACAUCUUUCAGUGCCAUUUCGUGGCAAUAUCUGCGUACCUGGUUCCUUUUGGAUCUCCUCGUGAUCGUGCCUGAUUGGUUUGGUCAAAUCUCGGCUGAGUCGAUGGAAGGUGACUCCGUCCGUGUUGUGCGGUCCUUGUUGCGUUCUCUGCGCUGUUUGCGGCUGCUGCGACUACUGAAGUUGCAGAAAUUGUUGGCGAUGGUUUAUGAUCUCAUCGACAGCGAAAUGACGUUCAUCGCCUUCACCUGCGCGCGUUUGGUCUUUGGCAUCUUUGUUCUGACUCAUUUCAUCGCUUGCGCCUGGUACUACCUUGGCACCUCGAUGGCUGCAUCAGGGCCCAGUUGGACCAGCAGCGAGACAGGGGGUGAAGCUGCAGUGCAGGACCGUGACUUGCUCUACCGCUACAGCACAUCACUUCACUGGAGCCUCACCCAGUUCACGCCUGCUUCCAUGGAGAUUACGGCACGAAACACGGCAGAAAGGGCCUUUUCCAUCAUGGUGCUGUUCUUCUCCCUGCUGGUCUUUUCGUCGGUCAUUGGACAAGUGACGACGUCCAUGAUGUCCUUGCAGAAUUUGCAGGCAUGUGCCAAGAAGGACUUCUGGCGCUUGCGGCGUUUCUUGCGGAACCGCCAGGUUCCGCCCGCCAGCCGCACGCGCAUCAUUCGAUACCUGGAGAGUCAGGUCUAUAAAGACAGGGGGCAUGUGCAGCAAAAGGACAUCAAGAUCCUGGCGUUGCUGUCGGAGCCCUUGCGGAACUUACUCAGCUGGGAGCUUCAUCGGAGGCUGCUCACGAAGCACCGACUCUUUGACGUGCUGCAGCAGUGUAUCGAGCCCAUGGUGGUAAGGCUCACCAGCGUGGCGCUGAGCGUUAGCGCCUUGGCGGAGCAGGACGUGCCCUUCUGCGCUGGGGAGUCGGCCGAGCGCUGUCUCUUCGUGGUCAGCGGCCAGUUCCUCUACCAGCCAGUGCAAGAAUCUCAACUGCAGAGAGAGCUAAGCGGUGGUGAGUGGUUGGUGGAAGCGUGUUUGUGGACGGAGUGGCACCACCUCGGAACGAUGUCAACUUUGCAAGCGGGAGAGUUGUGUCAGUUACACCCAGAGAAGUUUGCGGACGUGAUGCAGAUGCACGUUUGGCCUUGGGACUUGUGUCAACGCUAUGCCAGUGAUUUCCUGGAGCUAUUGAACGCCCAGGACGUCUCACGCAGAUCGGAUAUGUUCUGGCAUCCCAAACUGCAGGAUGAAGUGCACAUCAAGAACCUUUGCACCCCUGAGAUCGACUGGGAUGACACAGCAACGUAA